AUGGCGAGCGCAAAGCAACAGGAGAACAUGCUCCUUACCGAGCACUUUACUUGGCCUCCUAUAUCUCUCAUCGACGACAUCAUCAACGCCGUAAACGAAGUCCUAUACCGCUGCACCGACUCGUUCGAAACCGGUCUCUCCUCCGCUGACCCCUCCUUACUCGGCUUCGCCGACCUAUACGCCUCGCAAGGACGUACGCCCGACAAAGAUGAACAUGGCAACGAUCUGUUUCCCGAGGCUAGGCUGGAGAUUGAAGAGGGCGUAUUGAAGCUCGAGACGCUCAUGGAGAAUGCUGUGGACAAGAAUUUCGACAAACUGGAAAUUUGGACACUGAGAAACGUUUUUGCGCUAGGGAGGGGGAAGGGCGGGGACGAAGGCUUGGGAGAGUGGGUCAGAUUAGGGCAUUAUGAGAAUCUCGAACCCCCGCCCAAAGAUUCUAAACUCACUCCAGAAGCCCUCUACACCCUUCGCCGUAAACUCAUCGAAACCCAAAAGUUGAACGCUGCGCUGGUUGCAGAGAAGACACGCAACGAGGCACAAAUAGCGCGGCUAAGAGCCCUACUCCAACCAUCUGGCGCAUCUAAGCGCGAACAAAGAAAAUCUACGACAUUGUCGAGAGCGCCAUUAGAAAUGAACCAACAGAGCGACGGAAGCGCAUCAUUCGCGUUCCUAACACACACAUCAGCAGCUCAAUCCCUAGGUAUACAAGCCCUACCACAACAGUCCAAUAGCAACACCGCCUCUGUCGGGGAGAAUAAGAACAACGAUAAGAAGCCCACUCCUUUAACUACCCACACCACAUUUACAACCUCCCAACUCCCCUAUCUCCGCCAACUCCUUGCCUCCCUAAAGCCCCAUCUCAGCAAUACCGCUCUACCUAGCAACACCACUUCAUCGCCUCAUACUACAGACUCCCUAUCACAAUCCAAGGAUAAAGAGGAAUUGAGUCGUGAACGCAAGGUGUACGUUGAGAGUCAAAGUAAGAGGAUAUUAGAGAGACGGGGUGUAGAUACAAGGGAUGGUGUCGAAGGCGUCUGGGAGGGUGGAAGUAGGGUGGGAGCCGAGGAAGUCAGGGGAUUGGAGGGGUUGGUUGACGGUUUCAACAGAAGAGGCAAGGUAGGAGAGAAUGGAGACCAUGGUGAGGCCAUGGAUACAAGCUGA